CCGUUUCGAAGGCCUUUUCGACAAUUUUUACGCGGAUUCCCGUCGAAAUAGUAGCCAGUGCGAGUCCCGGCCGCCGAGCACGGUGCUAUCUUAAAGUCAGUUCGCCAAAAUUCGGUCCAAAAAGUGUUAAAUCGGGCGCUACCGGGGCGCGUGCAGUUACGACGUUCUGGCAUCAAUGAGGUCGCGCACUUCAGCUGACUGCGUCGUACGCUCGUACUCCAGUAGUAUCCGCGCCGCCGCCGCGCCCGGCCCCGCGCUGCCAUGUCCUAGCGCCGCCGCCGCGCGCCUGUCCCGAGCAGUGCCCACACACGACACAAUAAUGCUCAAGUUCCUCACUCACAAGCUGCGGACGCAUUCCCUGAACGAGGACAACGUCUCCGAGAAGGUGGAGGAGCGCGACUCCGGCACCGAGUCCGACGACGAGGCCGAGCGAGACCGUGACAAUUGUGCUGACGUCAUCAUGAAGUGGAACGACGUCACCGAUAUCAGGGCGUGCGACGCGGGCUGCGGCUGCGCGGCGCCGCGCGUGCCCGAGCCCGACCUGCUCUACGACCACCACUCCUCCGAGGAAGAACUCGAGGUGAUCAACGGGCUGCCGCGCGCGGGCGCCGGCGCGGAGGCGUCGCGGCGGCGCGGCGCGUCCUCCCCGCCCCCCGCCGCCCCCGAGAAACGCAAGUGGCCCGCGCGCGCAGACGACGAUGAUGACGACGCCAAGGUGGAGACGCCGGUGCGGUUCCGCACGUCGCCGCCGCUGGAGGCGCUGAAGCCGCGGCGGAGCGGCGCGGGGGGCGAGUGCGCCUGCCCCGCGGGGGCGCCGGCGGGGGCCGCGGGGGGCGCCGGGCCGGGGGGCUCGCCGCGCCGCCGCCGCCAGGCGCCGCCCCCGCCGCGCCGGCACCGGCCAGCGCUCGACUUCGAUAAGAUGCAGCAGCUGAAGGUGGGCGGCGCGGGGGUGCGGUCGUGGCGCGGGGUGGGGGGCGCGGGCGGCGAGCUCUCCGUGUUCUGCUGGUGAUGUCCGCCGCCGGCGCAUCUACGAGGUUGUCGGUUCGGCCGCCCCGCGUGAUCUCAGCGCCGCCCGCCCCCGGCGACAGACACACACACACACACAUUGUAUACACACAGACACACACACACGACGCCCGGGACGAGCCGCGCGCCCGGGCCCGGGUCGUGACGUCACGUGGCAGCUCCGGCGAACACACACGGUACAAGUCAAGAGCUACUGUACUUACGCCCUUGCUUCAAUACUGUGUAGUGAUGCUUACUCUCCCUAAAGGGACUUUCAAAGAUCUCAUCACUGUAUAAAAAAAAACGUGAUUUCGGAUUGGACUUAAAACAAAUUUAAACAAUGUUGGUGCGCCGGAGACGGUCGCCAACUGUAACGUAGUUAACUUUAUUAUGCACUUUAUUCCUCAGGUGUUUUACUUAAUGGACCGUAUUCCCUGCGCCGGCGCCGCCGGCCAGCCCUUUGUACCUACUUAUUAGCACGUUUUAUAUCGAAUCAUGUUUUUUGGUUACAACUAUGAAUUUUCCUUAGAAAUACCAUUGUAUUAAUAAAUCUUAAGUGUUAAAUUGCGUUCGUAGUUAAUGUUGACAAAGUUUUUAUAAAAUUACUUAUUAUUUGGAAUUGUUAGUGACGAAAGUGGUGAAAGUACAAACUUACAAAAGACUUUGAUCGCUCAUUUCAUUUCACCAAUUGUUUUUUUUAUUAUCUAUCGGCGUAUGAUUGUAGACGAGGGACUUCUUCGAUUGGAAUUUAUAUUUUGGAAUAACUUGGAAACACGCUUAAAAAAGCAAAACGAUAAGCAGGAAAUCUGAAAUUCUUCCUGUCAUCGUUGAACUAUUGUAAACUAAACGAUGACAGUAAGGAUGGUACUCGCGAAGUGAAAUAAAUGGGCUAGAAGUCGCAACACGAUGACAUUAUUGUGAUAAAGUUUCAUAUAUUUUUGCCGGUUCAAUCAACUGUCAACAAUGAUAUGACAAAAAUUUGGAACAAAUGUCAAUAUACCUUAUAAAAUCUGAUUAAUUUUAUUUCAAAUUGAAAAUUUCUACAGAUUUUUGAAUAUUACCAGAUUUUAAGAAAAUUUACAUUCUAUCCAAAUUUUACUAUUCGGCUGCAUUCAGUAAGAUGAAAAAUUACUGUAAAUGAUGAACAUAUCGACAUUUGUUCCAGUCGAGGUAACGCGCCUCUAGUUUUGAUCUCGAAUCGUGACUGAAAUGUUGGAUUUUUUGUGCUGAAACUGACCGUGUGGUGGACCUUACCGCCCUCUCAUAAAGCCUAAUAUCGAACUAUACGACUGUAAUGCGCACAAAUAAUAUUUACAGUUUCAUUUCUCACUCAAACUCACUUCACAUGUUAAGCUUUGUAUAACCGCUUUUAACGAAUUUCCUGCUAGUAACGCUUUUUAUUUUAUUUCGGCACAAAAAAUCCUCACCUCGUAGUGAUUCCUGCAUAGAUUGUAAAAUGUUUUAAUUGUUAUUGAAUUGUGUAUCAAGUGUAGUGGCGGCGGCGGCGGCGGCGGCGGGGCGGCGGGGCGGCAGGGCGGAAGUGUUCUUUCAUUGAGAUCUUGAAACAGUUCUUCUUCCAAGCCCUGGUGUUGGUCCCCGCCCCGAGCCGCGCGCCCGCCGCCGCCCCCGCGCCGUGCGCCGGAAACAACAACAUAAUAAUAAAAAAUGUGGUGUGAGUGGAUUCAGUGAAUUUAAUAUAGAGACAUUUAACAAAUUUUCAAAUUUAUAUGAUAAAAGUACUAAGACUUUUUUUAAAUCGCUUGGAUAAAGAUUGUAUGUACAUAGUGUUAAGGUACGUAGGAGUUAAGUGCAGACUUAGAUGUAGUAGGUAACAAAUUGUGAGCCCGACUGCGGGGGUCUUGUUGACUUCACUUCUUUUAUUAUUGUGUUAUUUUUAUUCUUACUAUUAUCAUUAGUAUCGUUACUGAUAUUUUCAUUGUUAUUAAUACCCAGUGUGGAGGCGUCGCGCCAACAGCCACUGUCUGGUCAUCAUUUACAAUCAAUUAUUUUGUUUUUAUAUGAAUUAACAAGCGUAAUAAAGAGUGAACUAUGGCACAUCUUAA